ACGUGUUAUGUUUUCAUAUGGAUCACUGUUGAUUUGACAGAAGUUAUUUAGAAUUUACUCAUUAACAAUCUACGAAUUCUGCCUAAUCGAUCAUGAGGCGUGCGGCGGGACUCGGGAAAAUAAAUAAGCAAAAGCUUGCGCAGGCUAAGUACAAAGACAAGGGAUCUGAGAUUGCGGAAGAUCAGUUGAACCAGAUGAGUCGCCAGCUUGAGGUUUUCAGGACCAACCUGGAGGAGUUUGCGGCAAAUCAUAAAUCGGAGAUCAAGAAGAACCCAGAGUUUAGGAUGCAGUUUCAGGAUAUGUGUGCCACUAUAGGAGUCGAUCCAUUAGCAUCCGGGAAAGGAUUCUGGUCAGAGAUGUUAGGCGUUGGAGAUUUCUACUAUGAAAUAGGCGUUCAGAUCAUUGAGGUGUGUCUGGCAACGCAGCAUCGGAACGGAGGUCUCAUGAACCUGGAAGAACUGCUCCACAAGGUUAGGACAACGAGAGGAAAGACAAAGCAAGCCCAGGAUGUCAGUCUCGAUGACAUCAUCAGAGCUAUCAAGAAACUGAAAGUGUUAGGGAAUGGAUUUGGCCUCCAUCGCCUUGAUGACGGGCGCUUUAUUGUUCAGUCUGUCCCAGCAGAACUCAGUAUGGAUCACACAAGUGUUCUCAAUAUAGCACAGGGUACUGGCUGUGUUUCUCUCCCGGAUCUACAAAACAAACUGAAAUGGGAAGAAGACAGAGCAAGAUUAGUUAUGGAUCAACUGGUCAAGGAGGGUCUAGUUUGGGUGGACGAUCAAGACCGGUCCGGCAGGCUCUAUUGGUUUCCAGGACUCUUCCCAGAAACUUGAUGAAAGUGAUUACUUUUUAUAUAUUUUUUCCAUCGUGUUAUGUAAUACUCAGUAAUAUUCGUCUGGAUUUGUGUUGAUGGACUAACACGAUGAAUGCUGAAUUAUUUGAAGCGGUCUAGCCCUUUUCAUGUCCAGUGAAACAUGUCUAUAGUGACCACCCAUGGAAAAUACAAAGGUCCGUAUUCUGAAGUUAGGUUUUACUUAGACCAUGGUCAUCUCUGCUAAGAUUAUGGGAAGCCAAAAGUUUCAACAUUUUUAUUAAGUUGUAUGUUUCUUGUGUUUACUGUGCUCUUUCC